GAUUAUCACUAGCUGCUUCUUGAGGCAGUGGAUCCAAUGUGAAUCUUCUCUUCGAGUCUUACUGGUCAUAUCACGUGAAAUCGGAGGUCGUGAUGCUUUAGUGCGGACUUCGCUAUCAAAUCCGAUCUUUCCUCCGAACCAUUCUAGAGAUAUAAACCACAGUCGAAAUCAUCAACAUAUCUUACACUGCAACUCAUUCUCAUUCCAUUUCAAUCCAGCUUUUCCCCAUUCCACUAUCAUCAUGUCCUCUCCAUCCACCCUAGCCGUCAUCAGUCAAAGCGGCGAAUCCCUCAGCUUCUUCAACAACAACACCGGCGAACUCACCGGCCGCCUGGAAAACCUACCUGCAGAGCCUCACGACUUGGCUUAUGACAGUCCUCGAAACCUGCUCUACGUUAGCCACACCUAUAGCCACGGGCACUACUUCGCCCACGGCUCCAUCUGCAACACCAUCAGCAUCAUCGACGCCACGACCAAAAAAGUAACCGAUACCAUCGACCUCAGCCCCUUCGGCGGCCCCCACGGCCUCAGCAUCUCGCCCGACAACAGCAUCCUCUACGCAACCGUCGAAACCGGCUUCCCAACCGGCGGCCUCGUCGGGAUCGAUCUCGCGUCUCGCGCGGUCGUGAAGAGCAUCCCCUGCGACGGCCGCGCGCACUGGUUCACGCUGACGCCGGACGGCAAAAAGGCCUACACGAGCAACAUGACCAGCCCCUUCGUCUCAGUCUUGGACCUCGAGCGCGAGCAGCUCGCCAAGAAGAUCCCGGUCACGGGAAGCAACCAGGGCGCGGUGAGCCGCGAUGGCCGCUUCGCGUACUUCCCGACGCCGAGCGCGCAGAUGAAGCUGGAGGUCCCGCCGACGAUCGAAGUCGUGGACACGAGCACGGACGAGAUCGUGAAGACGGUGCCGUUCGACGAGGGCAUCUUGGCCGUGCAUGUCACGGCGCGGAGGAAGAUCCUCGUGGCGGUGUAUCGGCUGGAGGAGGGCGCGUCGGCGGCGGCGCUGAAGCCGAGGCCCGGGCGGCUGGUGGUGCUGGACGCGACGUCGUUGGAGAGGGUUGGGGAGGUGGAGGUUGGGAAGUUUCCGCUAGCGCUGAAGUCGUCGCCGGAUGGGUUGACGGGGUAUGUCGCGAAUGUGUUUGGGGGCACGGUUACGGUUGUUGAUUUGGCGGAGAUGGCGGUGAGGAGGACGAUAGAGGUUGAUACGACGCCGAGGGCGGAUAAGGCGUUUCAUCAGGGAGCACAUGGGAUGGCCCUUAUUUGAGGAUACCUCGAGGAUUGGCUCUCUUCUUAUGAGAGCGUUAUGGAGCAUGUUGUAAAGUUAGGCAAGUAGGUACGAAUCACGGCACUUAUAUACCCAAACGAUCUUUCUAGAUAGAGCAUGAGUGUCAUUAUAAGAAUGUAUUGAUCAUAGCGAGUAUGUGUCGCGGGUAUCUAGUAUAUGUAA